CAAAUGGGAUCAUGUCUUUGUAAAAGGAAGCGGGUUCCAGCAUCGUUCGACGGACGGUUGCCCACAACAUCGUUUCGAAUUCGAUCUCAUCAGUCAGGCACCAUUGAUAUUGUUCGUACUAGUCGAGGAUACCACUCUACACCAAAUCGUAAGUGUAAGCAAAUAUCCGUUAGAUGUUUAGACGUGUUAUAUUAUAUCAAGAGUUCCUUUAUUUCAUUUGUUUUAGAAAUAUCGAGCCAUGAAGCCAGUGCAGUUGUCACCAGUGAUGUCAAAGACCUUAUAAAACAAACUUUACAGCUAAUACGGUCCCUUGUGAAUAAUGAACAAGCUCCUCCGAGUGCCCUUUUAAAACUUAAUUUAAUAGCGGAUAAGGAAAGUGGCUGGCUAAUGGUUGUUAUGUGUUUAAUUGAUGUUGUACCUGAUGAUGAUCCUCUUGGUCCCGCCGUUAUGACGCUUUUUUUGGAUGAAAGCCCAUUGCCUACUAAGGAGACCGUUUUAAAGCUGAUAACAAGACACAUGCGGCUAGAUGAAAGACGCCCACGGCCUAGUUCAUGGUAUCGAAAUGUGUGUAUCGUGCUAGGUUGUCUUGCUGAAAAAUUGGCUGGUUCGGGCAGCGUGCAGAUCUGUACAGAUAUAACACUAAAUUUUCUUAUAGACAAUUUGAAGUCAUCGAAUGAUCCUCAGGUCAUAAUUCAUUCUAUGAUUGCAUUGGAAAAAUUUGCUCAAACAAGUGAGAAUCGCGCGACAGUGUGUCGUAGACUGAACCAGUGUUCGAAACACCCCCUUAUGCUGUUGGAAGCGUGGCGCGACAGUGUUCCCAACGAUUAUAUGAAGCAGCAAGUUGCAUUUUGUGCUCAAUGGUCUUUGGAUAACAUAUUUGUUGUUGAGUCUCGCGAAUUGUCUUAUCUUCAUUGCAAUGUUGCUAAUAUUAAUGCAAUGCUUAAUCAUGAGGAUGUCAGUGAAUAUUUGAAAAUAGGAUCUGAUGGCUUGGAGGCCAGAUGUGAUGCCUCAUCAUUUGAAUCUGUUAGAUGUACCUUCGAAGCUACAGAAGGAAGGUGGUAUUACGAAGCUCUAAUAUUAACAUCUGGUGUAAUGCAAAUUGGCUUUGCCACCAAACGAAGUCGUUUCUGUAACCAUGAGGGGUACGGUAUUGGGGAUGAUGACUGUUCAUUAGCGUAUGAUGGGUGCCGACAACUACUUUGGUACAAUGCUAGAAGCGAGAAGCACGAUCAUCCUCCGUGGAAACCAGGUGAUAUUCUUGGUUGUUUGAUAGACAUAUCCAAUAAAUAUGUCAUGUUCUAUUUGAAUGGUGUACCUUUACCGAAGCCGCACUUUGAAUUUUUGACUGGGAUGCCUGAAGAGACUGGAUAUUUUGCCGCUGCCUCGUUCAUGAGCUUUCAGCAAUGUCGCUUCAACUUUGGCCAUAUGCCUUUCAGGAGAAGAAAGAUGGAAUUGGCUGCUCAAACACCGAUUGCAGAGAACUCUUGUAAUAUAUGUUUUGCAAAUCCAAUCGAUACUACAUUAAAACCAUGCGGACACGGUGGCUUCUGCUCUGUUUGUGCUAAUCAAAUGGAAACAUGCCCGUUGUGUAGAGUAGUGAUUAUGCAUCAUGUUCGACUGAAUUCAGACGUUACUGAAAUUCACUCAAAACAACUUAAUAAUAAUUACUUUAAAAUUGCAACUAAGGUCUGA